AUGGAUAAAAAGCCAUGCAAAUCGGAAGACCUCGAAGUGAGGAAAGGUCCAUGGACAAUGGAAGAAGACCUCAUCCUCAUGAAUUACAUUGCUAAUCACGGCGAAGGUGUUUGGAACACUCUUGCUCGAUCUGCUGGGUUGAAGCGCACGGGGAAGAGCUGCCGGCUGCGAUGGCUGAAUUACCUGAGACCGGAUGUGAAGCGCGGAAAUAUUACACCGGAAGAGCAGCUUCUCAUCAUGGAGCUUCAUUCAAAGUGGGGAAACAGGUGGUCGAAAAUCGCAAAAUAUCUUCCUGGCAGGACCGACAAUGAAAUCAAAAAUUUUUGGAGAACUCGAAUUCAAAAACAUAUGAAACAACCGACGACAAGUCAGAGCCCGUCGUCUGUAGAUCAUCAGUGUAGUACAAGUCAAGUUUCUUCCUGUUGCGUCGCGGCGGAUCACGCGGUCGAUCAAAUGUCCUAUUCUUCGCCUUCCUCAUUCACUCCCGGGACCAUCGAGUCCUUUGAUGGUCCUUUCGCUCCGGCGGAUUCAAAUGAAGGCCUUUGGAGCAUGGAGGAUCUUUGGUCCAUGCACUUGCUCAAUGGAAAUUAA